AUGCGCGCGCUAGUGCUGGCGGUGCUGGUGGCGGCGUCGGCGGCGUACGGGCCGCCCUCCAACAACAACAACCCCUUCACAAGGAAUAACUGCGGCUCCGGCGGGUGCGGGCAGGUCGCCUCCAGCGGCUGCUCAAGCGGCUGCUCCGGUGGUCAGCGCAUCACCAAGCAGACGUUCAGCUGCGGCGGCAGCGGCUGCGGCGGCUGCGCGGGCAGCGGCUGCGUCCAGCCGCCCCUGAGUGUGUCCGGCCAGUACUGGUGGGAGGGAGACAACUCGCCCUUCAAGGUGCCGCCCGGACACCACGUGACCAACGUGGACUCUUCGUGCGGAGGCACCGGCUGCACCACCUCCAUCACCACCUGCGGGGGCGCCGCCUGCCCUCCGGCCCAGCCCCAGCGCCCGCAGCCCCAGCGCCCGCAGCCUCCGCAGCCGCAGAGACCCUCGUUGAACCCCGUCCCGCCCGCGCCGCAGCCCGCCCGCCCGCCUGUGAGCGACAACAACCUGGUGAUGCCGCCCAUGGGCAUCUGCCCCGCCCGCUUCGUGUGCGUGCACUGGCAGCUGUGCCGUGACGGCUUCGUCAUCACGGACGGCACCGGCGCCAUCAACAAGCAGAUCAAGGAGAUCCCGGCGCAGGUAUCGUCGAGGUACCGCAGCUGCGGCACGAACAUGGUGUGCUGCGGCGUGCCCUCCUUCGGCGCCCCCCCCGUGCAGAGCCCCCCCGGCGCCCCCCUCCCCCUCCCGGCCCGCCCCGCCCCCCAGGCCCCCCCGAGCUUCCAGCAGCCCCCCGCCCCCCUCCCGACGCAGCGCCCCCUCCCGCGCCCGACGGCCCGCCCUCAGCCGCGCCCCCCCACGUCCCGCCCUUCGUCGGGAGGCUACGCGAGCCCCGCCGUCCCGCAGAACCCCCUGAGGCCGGCGCCGCAGCCGCCCUCGCGCCCGCCGAGGCCGGCGCCCAACGCCAACAACGGCUUCAACUCGCAGCCCACCAUCGUGAACCAGGCGGGCCCCGUGCCGCCCGCGCAGACCGGCUACCCCCGCCCGCGCCCGCAGCCCAGCCGCCCGCGCCCGCAGCCCAACGUGCCCAUCAGCAACCCGAUCGGCCUGGUGUCUCCGCCCAGCCCGCAGCCCAUGGGCAUGAUGGGCGGCAUGAUGGGCGGCAUGAUGCCCAUGGUGGGCGGCACGUGCAGCGCCGGCACCUACUGCGUCGCCCCCAACCAGUGCAACCCCUACACGGGCUUCAUCAUCACCGACCCGACGCAGCUGAUGGCGGUCUGGCCGGACGCGCCCACGGUGCCGCUCCUGCCGUGCUUCGUUCCCGGCGCUGGACAAAUCCAAGAUGGCGUCUGCUGUCAACAAACCCACCCUCAAGCCGGAGGUCUAGAUUAAACCACGCCCCGCCCUUAUCCUGCUGCCACGCCCCCUGUCCUGAUGCCACGCCCCCUGUCCUGAUGCCACGCCCCCUGUCCUGCUGCCACGCCCCCUGUCCUGAUGCCACGCCCGCCGUCCUGAUGCCACGCCCCCUGUCCUGCUGCCACGCCCCCCCCCUCUCCGUCCUCCUGCCACGCCCUUGAAGCAUCGAGAGGAAUAUGCGGUUAUUCCCGUUAAUCUAGUGACCUGCGUUUCUUUACAUCUUAUUUUCUUUGCGUUUCCAUUUAUCAGGUUUGUUUUGAUUCUCUUUCUCCGACAUUUGCGAGGUGAGAAUUGCGUGUGAAGAGAGAACGUGA